GUUCAUGCGAAUGUUUUGCUUAAAGGAUGAGUAUUCGGUGGGAAGACCACGAAUAACAGCAUUCACCACAUCACGUUCAGGGAUCUCUUCUUUCAAGGCAUCGAGAUCCGAGAGAAUAGUUGCCACAUCAUCAAGGUAUUGUGUCAUAGUUUUGGUACCUUUACGAAGAGUGUGGAGUUUGUCCUGAAGCUGAUAAACAUGAGCGGUGGACACGGAGUUGUACCGUGCGGCCAAAGCAUCCCAGAGGGCAGCAGAUGUGGUGAAGCCGCGAGCAUGUUUGUGAACGGAGGGGCUGAUGACCGUUAGGAGGCAGGCGCGGAUCUGUGUGUCAACGAUGGUCCAGGAGACCAUUCUUUAAAUAAAAUGGAUUGCGAAAAUUCAAAAAAUUACUUCGUUUAGCGUAAUGUUGCUUAUAUUUUGAGACGGAGGGAAUAUUUUCUUUCCUCUCUUUUUUCUUUCUCCUCAUUUUCUUUCCUCUUAUUUUCUUUUGGGAUCCAAACACAUGCUUACCCUCCUGUGGCCUAUCAACAAUCAAUGCGCCUUUACAGUUGGGUAAUCCAGAAGGCACGCAGAAGCCAUGGCCGACUCUUCUCAGCUCAAGUCCGACACUCUAAUGGAGCAGAUGAAGCUUCAUCUCUCCUCUGACGCCGGCAAGGAACUCAUCAAGAAAAUUGGCCUCGUUUACGAGCUCCACAUCGCCCCUAAGAAACUUGGAUUUAAUGAGAAGAUAUAUGUUGUUGAUCUGAAGAAAGGGGAGGUUAAAGAAGGGAAUUACGAAGAUGGAAAGCCUGAUGCAACAUUUUCCUUUACUGAUGACGAUUUUCUGAAAAUUGCUACGGGGAAGAUGAAUCCCCAAAUCGCUUUUAUGAGGGGUGCUAUCAGAAUCAAAGGGAGUAUCAAUGCAGCCCAGAAAUUCACACCAGAUAUUUUCCCUAAACCAUCCAAGAUGUGAACAAGGGAAAUCAUUAAGCCAGAGGCACCUAUAUUAUGAGGCCAUUUCACAGCCAUUCUUUUGAAUGUGUUACUGUCUAGCUUAUACGGUAAACCGUCAAGUGUUACACAAUCGGGAAAAGGAUUUGAGUUUCUCGCUCAUGGACUUCAUAUUAAAUCAAGAUGUUUGUUCUUACCUAAAUGUAAGUCCGAUUUCCUGAUAUCCUUUAUUACUUUCUACCCCAUCUCUCUCAUAAUAUUCCUUCUUUGUUUGACUUGACACGUUUUUUAAUAAAUUAAAAAAGUGUGAUUAUG